AGUCCAGAGCGCGCCAAAUCCGGUGCACGACAGGGAGAGCGGCGCAGGAGGAUUUUUGAUUCGUGUAAACACAUUUGCGGGUUUCCACGCAGAUCAUGGCGUCCACGAGUAAAGCUCCAGCACCAGCAAGGAACCUGCCCUGGGUGGAAAAAUACCGACCUCAGAGCCUCGAUGACCUCAUCUCUCACAGAGACAUCCUCAGCACCAUCCAGAAGUUCAUCAGCGAGGACCGGCUCCCUCACCUGCUGCUGUAUGGACCUCCUGGCACGGGGAAGACCUCCACCAUCCUGGCCUGCGCCCGGCAGCUGUACAAGGACAAAGAGUUCGGCUCCAUGGUGUUGGAGCUGAACGCGUCGGACGACCGGGGCAUUGACGUGGUCCGCGGACCCAUCCUCAGCUUUGCCAGCACCAGAACCAUCUUCAAGAAAGGCUUCAAGUUGGUGAUUCUGGACGAGGCGGAUGCCAUGACGCAGGACGCCCAGAACGCACUGCGGCGAGUCAUCGAGAAGUUCACGGAAAACACCCGCUUCUGUCUGAUCUGUAACUACCUGUCCAAGAUCAUCCCGGCACUGCAGUCCCGCUGCACCCGGUUCCGCUUCGGCCCGCUCUCCCCGGACCAGAUGGUACCUCGACUGGAGCACGUGAUCCAGCAGGAGGGCAUCGACGUCACUCCUGACGGGAUGAAGGCCGUGGUCACCUUGUCGUCGGGCGACAUGAGAAGGUCGCUGAACAUCCUGCAGAGCACCAGCAUGGCGUACGGGAAGGUGACAGAGGACUCGGUUUACACGUGCACGGGUCAUCCACUCCGCGCCGACAUCGCCAACAUCCUGGACUGGUCACUCAACAAGGACUUCAACACGGCAUACAAACAGAUCCUGGAGCUGAAGACCCUGAAGGGCUUGGCUCUGCACGACAUCCUGACAGAGGUCCACCUGCUGGUGCACAGAGUGGACUUUCCUCCCAACAUCCGGAUCGGCCUGCUCAUCAAGCUGGCGGACAUCGAGCACCGACUGGCCUCGGGAACCAACGAGAAGAUCCAGCUGAGCUCCAUGGUGGGGGCCUUCCAGGCCGUCAGAGACCUGGUGGUCAGCGAGGCGUCUUGAGGCUGCAGUCACGUUCCCAUUCCCAUUAAAAACAUGUUCACCAC